GUGCUCGACCACGGUGCAUUGUGGGUAAGCAAGCGCUGUUAGUAUGACGCCAUGAUUUCUCCCUAAAUUAAUGUUUUCUCCUGUAGCUAAAUGAUCAGAAGUUUCGUUGGAAAGAACACUCUGCUCAUUGUUUAUCAUCUCGCGAAAAUAUACACAGUAUUUUAACAGGAAAUGGGAGCUUCCAUAGGUGGAAAGGAGUUGCUUUCUUUGCUCCAGAUAGAGAAAAGCUAACAGGCUAAGCUAACAGACUAUGAACAACCUUUAAACUCCGACAUUUUCCGCGUAAAGUGAAACUCGGCGAGAAGAAAAGGAGAGAGACUACAACUGGGGGAAUGGCCCGGAUUUGAUCUGGAAGGCAUUGGUGAUGGCAGAUGUGACCUACGCUGUCGAAAUGCCCUCCUUUGACCACAGUUCUACUUCUGAAGCAAAAAAGAGACACAUUUGUUUGGAUGGACGAGAAGAGCCCAUGAGGAAAAUGCCGGCAUCAAAAUAUGGUUCAAGGCCUCGAUUUGAACCUGUACACUUUGUUAGUAGUGGAAGCAGUGGAGGAACUGGUACCGAUGAAAAAGAGAACAAUAAAGAGAGCAGAAGGAGUGAGUUCCAUGGUGCAAGACAGUGGGAUUUUCAGCACCCGUCUUACUCUACCCCCUCCUCCUACAGCAGAGCUCCGAGCUCCUCCUCUCCCUCUUUAAGGCCUGCAUUUGACAAAGUAUCGUCGUACAGUUCUGACUCCUGGGGUUCCCAUAGAGACAGAGGAAAGGACUUUCCUUGUGGCAAUGCAAGUGGUUUAGGUUAUGGAGGACGUCUGUCCACUUCAAACUUCAUGACAAAAACACAGCAGGACUACAUGACUAAGUUUGAGUCCCAUGCCGCUCGAAGUACAGACUCGGGCUAUGCUCAGCCGCAUAGGUAUAACGGAUACGGGGGCAGCAGAUCUGGAGGUUUUGAUUCAGGUCGUCAGGGUUUAGGCUACGGUUAUCAAGACCGUCGCUCAUCGAAUCGGCCGUUCAACAGAGUCUACAACAGUCCAAGCAGAAACAAUCCAAAUAUCUCUUCAUUGCAGCCUCUGCCGAUACCUCCGUCCACAUUAGAUGAUACGCAGAGGCAAAUUUCUAGCUUAGCAUCUGCUUUAGCAACUGCCGCUAGUGACUCUAUGUAUAUAAUUGGAAAUGACUCUCCAAAUUAUAAUUUCAUGUUGAGCCGCAGCAUUCAGGCUUGUAAAACAAAUCCGGAGUACGUUUAUGUGAACCUGAGGGAAAUCCCUCACGCCGACCUGCCCAAGAACAGGAAAGUUCCGACUGACGGUUAUGCCUGUGAACUGAGGUUCCAGGGCGUCUACCUUGCUACUGGAUACUCCGGCAGCAAAAAUGGAGCCAGAGACCGAGCUUCGGAGCAAGCUGUCAAACUACUUCUCGCACCCGUUGAAGUCCGCAUCGUCCAGCGUAGGUACAGACAGGCUAGCGUGAACGACUUGGUAGUGUGCCAGAAACAUUCCGCAACCCCGUCAUUGGUUCCUGCACUCCGCAACCCGGAGGAUAAACCAACGCACAGCUCCAAGGGCCAGUACGAGCCGGAUGCACGGAAACACUGGACGGAGUUUGUGGUAAUGGACAAUGCUCACGAUGCAAUCUGCAUUCUCAACAACUCGGCCGCGUUCAAUAAAAUGAAGGUUGAUUACAAGUUUGACAUCCUUCCCAACAACACUGCCUGGCUCUGCAGCGUCUUCGUCCAAGAUGAGCUGGUGGCACAGGCUACGGGCACCAAGAAGAGCUCCAAGCACGCCGCAGCCGCUGAGGCCGUGAGGAAACUCCGCACGAACCAGGCUCAACGGGAACAACAAGGCCAUGAGCAGCAGCAGCACCAAUAUGCAUCACAAUACUACAAAGGGCAUGACAACCAAACUGAUUCCGGAGGACAAUUUGGCCAACAGGGCGUCCAAAAGAAGCAUCUGAGUGAGCUGGUCAUCCUGGAAAACUCUGACAACGCUAUCUGCAUCAUCAACGACACGGCACAGUUCAAUAAAGUCACAGCUGACUACAAGUUCACGCUCCUUCCCGAUCAUCGCUGGAGGUGCGAAGUUUAUUUAGAAGGACAAUACGUGGCGGAAGGAAUUGGGCCAAAGAAACUAGUGAAGCACAUCGCAGCCACUGAGGCUCUGGCCACGCUGAAACAGACCCAGGCCGUGGUCAAGUCAAACCUGAGAAGAGAGGGCCACAAUGACGCCAUCUCGCGUUCUCAAAUUCUGGCACGAUCUGGUGAAGAGGCCACAAGACAGGAGAUCAAAGAAGACAACAUUGGAAACCAGCUGCUCAGAAAGAUGGGCUGGAAGGGCGGUGGUUUGGGCAGAGACGGCGAAGGCAUCUCAGAACCAAUCAGGGUGAAGGAACAGUUUUCCAGAGAAGGGUUGGGAAUGGAUACAGACAGAGCAGGAAACCAGCUGAGCAAGAGAGACAUUGAAGACAUCAUCUGUAACUACGCCUGCUCAGAGAGACAGGACGACCUUCGCUUCUCCACUGACCUUACCAAUGAUGAACGCAAACAGAUCCACCAGGUGGCUCAGAAGUACGGUCUACGAAGCAAGUCGUACGGACAAGGACGGCAGCGAUUUCUGGUCGUCAGUCGGAAAGUUCGGAAAGACCAGUUGAUUGGCCAGCUACUGCAAGAAGGUCAGGUGGGGCGAUACGAGCUGGUCAAGCCUCAGGCCCCACACUGAUAAGUGUCAAGAAAGCAUGAAAGGUUACAGUAAAGGUUUAUCCCAGACAAAACCUCUGGGAUGGAGUUACAGCACAUUAACAAAGCAGCAUCAGGUUCCACUUGCGGCGUUUGCAUUCCUCAGUAAAAUUGUGCUUUGUAGGAAGCGACAGAAAUUAUUCUCUUUUUAAGACAAGACUCCUGCCAUUCCAAAGUUUUGGUUUUGCACAAACUGGAGUUUAGCGCUCCCGGAAUUAUGUCCCGAUGAUGCCACAGUUGGUCCAGGAAACUAAAACAAGUACCUGGUGCGUAUAGUUGUUCUAGAGCCUCAACCAGAAUCUGCAGCUUUUGUGUUUAAGUUUAAACACUGUGGACUGUGUACAAGAACACUGGGAACCCGGUACAUUCUUUUUUUACACAGCAGCCAUGAACUUCCACCACAGUCACUGUAGUGAUUCGCUGUUCAGCAAUGACAUAAAAAAAGUAAAAAAAAGAAAUGGGUGUAGUUGUUUGGCUACAAACAGCUGGUCGUUGGCAGUUAACCCGGAAGUCGCUUCAUGUUUUAAAAGUAGCCCUGUAUAAAGUCAAGUCUUUCUCUGUCAUAAAGAAUUUCAUAAACACCGCUUGGUCUUUGUCACCGUUUCCAGGCUUUCUUUAAUAUUUCAUGCCAGUUUGUAAAUAUAAACUUAAAUUAAUAUUUAGGCCCGAGCUUGAUCUUUCAAAAGCACUACUGUUUGUAGAGCCCAACAUCUACGAAAAAUUAGCAUUGUCAUUCCCUCGACAGAAAAAUGUUUACUGUACUUCAAAAUGUCUAAAUUUCACAUAAACUUCCCUUCAUAUAUAGAUGACUUCCAGAUCAACUUUCUAGAACCUUUUCUGAUUUUGUGCUACCCCUUGAUAUUGUUUUCAAUGUUCUUCCACAUGUUUGUUCCACAGAGACCUUUGUAGAUGUUUCAUCCAAAACAUGAAAACCUCAUGGAUGCUGUAAUAAAGCAACUUUCUUCGUCAAAUGUCUGACAUACUGAUUUGUGUGAGUACAGUUAACUGGUCUUCACAGUUGUAAACAUCUGAAUAAAUGUAACCUGAUGAGGUUUGACCAGA